AUGCACCGUCAAGUGCUGGCCAAGACCCUACGAGAGGCUUCGCCGUUCUUCCUUAUCGCUGGCCCAUGUGUCUUAGAGUCUGAGUCGGUUGUACUGGCUAUUGCUUAUCGCUUGGCAGAAUUUCAGCGACGCCUACAGCUCCCUGUUAUCUUCAAAGCAAGCUUUGACAAGGCCAAUCGACAGUGCUUGAAUAGCUACAGAGGUCCUGGAAUGCAACGUGGACUUAAAAUGCUGCAACAUGUAAAGGAAGUGACUGGACUGCCAGUACUUACGGACGUCCACGAGACGCACCAAGUGGCUACCGUGGCAACGGUGGCAGAUAUCAUUCAGAUCCCUGCGUUUCUUAGUCGCCAAACUGAUCUACUGGUAGCUGCUGCAAACUCUGGGAGGCUUGUGAACCUGAAGAAAGGACAAAUGCUUUCUGCUGAGACCAUGAUGUUAGCUGCUAAGAAAAUUGAAGCCACUCAGGAUGAUACUGACUUUAUUUUAACAGAACGUGGAAGUAUGUUUGGCUACGGAGACUUGGUAGUUGAUGCAAGAAAUCUCUUAAAACUUCGUAGAUCCAAUGGUCUUGUUGUUCAAGACGUUACUCAUAGCAUUCAACGACCAAGCGGUGUAAAUGCUAUGGCCACUACGAGUGGAGGAGACCGCGAGUUUAUCCCCACCAUAGCGAGAAUGGCCGCAGCAGUCGGUGUUGAUGGGUUUUUCUUCGAGACACAUUUUGAUCCAAAAACGGCCUUGUGCGACGCGGCGACAAUGCUGCCAAUUGACGAGCUCGAGCCCCUUCUGGAAGAACUCAUUGCAAUCUCUAGAGCAUCCAAAGGCAUGUCUAAAGCGAAGUGUCAAUAA